AGUUCAGCAGGCCGGCGAGAGCAAUCUCUUUUCUGAACACACUGCCCUGUGAAGCGUUCACUCAGACUUCAGCCUCACAGAAACUAUCAAAAGACCCUGAAAAACCCGGGCUUGACUUUUUUGCUCCUCUGAGCACGUCGGAAGAUGGACAAUCAGAGGGCUUCUCAGUCCCGCCCUAAGGAAGUAGGUGGGUACAGGCAAGGCUCGGCAAACACCACUGCUCCUCACAACCUCCAUGGAGGCGGGAGGAGAAGAGCCCAGCGCUCAUCCCACUCGGAAAGUCAUGCCUCAGAAGACCAUUUCUUCUUCCCCGAGGCGGUCGGGCCUGUGCAUGGCUCUAGAGGCGAGAUCGUGUGGUUCAACAGCAACAUGUACGAGCAAGCUGAGGACUACUUUCAGAAUUCGUCAAACUUGGGGACGAGUCCGAGGGAAAAAGUCGUCCACCGCUCCCUGGUGUUCAGAGCUAAACGGAAACCAACUCAGCCCAGUCAAGAGGAAGGGAACCAUAUCCGUUCUCACUCCUACAGCGCUCAGGAAAACCAGCACUCCUCCUCCGAGCCUCAGACGGGACGCAGGAAGAGGGGUUACUCCGAGACGGAGCAUCACACUCGGAGAAAACGGGACAACAUCAUCAUGAGUGGACUCCAGUGCCUGGCCCAGGAGAAGAUCUGGUUCGACAAAUCCAAAUAUGACGAGGCCGAGCGAUGCUUCUAUGAGGGAGUAAACGGCGUACCUUCGGCUCCACAGGACACCGACGCUAACGACUUCCUGCAGGACAUUGUUGAAGCCCGCCAGGCUGUGCAGCAACCCCUAGCCAGAGUGAAGUCAGCGGCGCAGUCGGGUAAAGCAAACCCCCGUCCCAAAAAGCCUCGCGAACGCAAGUCUAGUCAGAAUGCCAGCAAAUCAGAAGAUCAAAGCGAGCUGGUCUCACGCGUAAAGAGCCUGGAGCUAGACAACAAGAACCUCCACAAAGUGGUGGAUGACCUGAGGGCCAUGCUGUCCAAACUAGAGAGCAGAUUGUCCGGGCUGGAGAAGAGUCCGAAUCAGGCUCCCAAAGCAGCGGCCGCUCCACAGGCCGCUCCAGCUCCGACACCCAAAGUGGUGGUAGAGGAAGAGGACGACGACAUCGACCUGUUUGGCAGCGACGAGGAAGACGAAGAGGCGGAGCGCAUUAAAGCACAGAGGGUGCAGGAGUACGCGGCGAAGAAGGCUAAAAAACCCGCCCUCAUCGCCAAGUCCUCCAUCAUACUCGACGUCAAACCUUGGGAUGACGAGACGGACAUGGCCAAGCUGGAGGAGUGUGUGCGUUCAGUGCAGAUGGACGGUUUGCUCUGGGGUGCCUCCAAACUGGUGCCAGUUGGUUAUGGCAUCAAGAAGCUGCAGAUCAACUGCGUGGUCGAGGACGACAAAGUCGGAGUCGACAUACUCGAGGAGGAAAUCACCAAAUUCGAAGACUACGUCCAAAGUGUUGAUGUUGCUGCUUUCAACAAGAUCUGAGCGUUUGCUCGACAAUCAACUCGUCACCUCAUUUCAAUGGCUGCCUGCUGCUUUUCUAUUGCACAGUUACCAAUAAACCGUUACAAAGCCUUACAAA